AAAAAUUGUAAAAAUGUUUUUCGAGGAAAAUUCAGUGAUUGAGGACAAAGCAAAGAAAGAUUUUGAUCAAUUGGAUGCUGAAUUAAUUGAUAAGUUUAGAAAGAAUGAAAUAAACGUGGAUGAGAUUGUUAAAAACUUGGAAAAGAUAUAUAAAGACGAAAUUCUUGAAUGCAGCGAUAAGAACUGUCCAUCAGAUGAUCAAAUUUUCGCACAAUGCUAUCAUCAAUUAGUCCAUUCAAGCUCUUUACAAGAGAUUCUAGUAAAAGAACAAGAUUACGCCCCAAAAAUAUCAAGCUUAGUAUUGAAAAUGGAAAAGGAGCUUUCGUCGUUGAAUGAGAUGCAUCAAGAAGUUAUGGAUACAAAGAUAAAUUUACUAGACGUAGAAACAACACCUGAUGACAUUAAUGAUUUAUUAAAACAGCAGUAUAGUUCAUCAAAUUUAAUGAGAAAGCAGUUCGAAUCAGAACUUGAGGCUAAAAGAGGACAUCAAAAGAAUGAAUAUCGUGAAUGGGUCACAUCUCGAAUGAGUCAAAAGUUUCUCGAUUCACCAACUACUGCUAUUGGAAAUAAAUCUUCAAUGUUUCCAAAUAUUCACAAAACUGCAGAUCGUCGAGAAGAGUCUUUUACUAUCCAUUUGGGAUCACAACUAAAGUCUACACAUAACAUUAGAAUAUUAUCUGCAGAUAUAAUAGAUUUAUGUAGCCCUUUAGUCAAUGAAAAUAGCGAAUCAAUGAUUAAUGGAAAUAUACAACUUGGGAUUUAUUCAAGCUCGUUAUGUGGCGUAGUUUGUUUGGUUCCUUCAGCUUCAGCUUUUCAAGUUAUGGCAAAUCAAAAAAUUAUAAGGAAUGCGUCUCUUUCAACAGAAUUUCAUUUUUCCCAAAUUGACGAGCAGUUGGACCAAAUUCAGCAUGACUUGAAAUCAAGUGGCGAGACUCGAUUAAAACCUGGCGAUUUCUUUAUCACAAAACAUUCCAAUUUAUCCCAAUGCCACUUAAUUUUCCAUCUAGUCUGUGAUGAUUCAACAAAUGAGAUGAAUUCAAGACAUCCUUGUAUAAUGGGAUUAAGAAGUAUCCUGAAAGUAGCAAAUCGUUACGACUGUACGCAACUUACAAUUCCAGCUCUUCUAAAAAAUGAAAUGUCAGAGGAAAUGACGUUAUCUUGGUGUAUGCGUCGUGCUGAACUUGUUUUGAAGUGUACUAAAGGUUUCAUGAUAGAAUCAUCAUCCACGGGAAGCGAGCUAAGUACAUUGCAAUUAUUACUACCAGCAGACAUUUCUGAAGAAUUAUUUACGUCCAUUUCACAAAUGAUUCCAUCAAUAUUUAGAGUCGCAAACACAAAGUUUCUUUAAAAUGAUCUAUGGCUAUUUGAUCGAAUCUCUACUGUGCUAUGUCUUACUAUAUCCACAAACAAAUUGGAUAGGGGUCGUUCACUUAUGACGUCCGAAAUUAACGGUCAUUUUUCAAUUCCGGAUUUCGGAACGGAUUUCCUGGAAUUUCUAUUGUUCUCUUCUUGCUGACCCUCCCCCCCCCCCCCCC